AUGGUGUGGUGCGACCGUGGGGUCCAGAUGCUGCUGACCAUGGUGGGUGCCUUCGCCGCCUUCAGCCUCAUGACCAUCGCCAUCGGCACCGACUACUGGCUCUACUCGAACGCCAACAUUUGCAACGGAACCAACAUUACCAUCCCGGACGACACCUCGCAAAGCCAGCCCAAGAAGGUGAAGGGGGACCUCACCCACUCCGGGCUCUGGAGGAUCUGCUGUAUUGAAGGAAUAUAUAAAGGACACUGUUUUCAAAUCAACCACUUCCCUGAAGACAAUGACUAUGAUCAUGACAGUUCUGAAUACCUACUCCGUAUUGUCCGUGCCUCCAGUGUAUUUCCUAUACUAAGUACAGUAUUACUGUUACUUGGAGGGCUCUGUAUUGGAGCUGGGAGGAUUUAUAGCAGCAAAAACAACAUUAUCCUCAGUGCUGGGAUUCUUUUUGUUGCAGCAGGAUUGAGUAACAUUAUAGGAAUAAUUGUCUACAUAUCAAGCAAUGCAGGUGAUCCUAGUGAUAAACGGGAUGAGGACAAAAAGAACCAAUACAAUUAUGGCUGGUCUUUUUAUUUUGGAGCCUUGUCUUUCAUUGUGGCCGAGACUGUUGGCGUUCUAGCUGUGAACAUUUAUAUUGAAAAGAACAAAGAAAUGAGGUUUAAGACUAAGAGGGAGUUCCUUAAGACUUCUUCCUCUUCUCCUUAUGCCAGGAUGCCAAGCUAUAGAUACAGGAGAAGGAGGUCCAGAUCAAGCUCACGAUCUACAGAGCCUUCUCCAUCCAGGGAUAUUUCUCCAGUUGGCAUGAAGAUGGCAGGUUCUGUUCCCGUGAAUGAAAUCUCCAUGUACACACUGUCAAGAGAGCCCUUGAAGGUCACAACAGCUGCAAGUUACAAUAUGGAACAAGAUGCUGGUUUUCUUCAAGUCCACAAUUUCCUUCAAAAGGAAUUCAAAGAAGGACUUCAUAUUAACAUGGUCAACAGGAGAACGACACCUGUUUGA